UGCUUCGUAGAGCCUCAGGAAAACAUUCCGGGGUUCGGACGAUAUUUACCGAUGGACACCGUCUCAUUACAGGAUAUUGCAGCAUGAAGAAGGAGCAAGUUGUCAACUGUCAGUUUUCGGUUUGGUAUCCGAUUUUCAAGAAACAUACGAUUAAAAGUCUGAUUCUCCCACUGCCUCAGAAUGUAAUAGAUUAUUUACUGGACGAUGGGACACUGGUAGUCUCUGGGAGUGACCACAACACACAGCAGACACAAACUAACAACAACGACUCGGAUGCAGAGGAAGACAUUCAGUGGUCAGAUGAUGAGACAACCACCACUGUCACAGCUCCCGAGUUCCCAGAAUUCACCUCUAAAGUGCUGGAGGCGAUAAAUUCCCUGGGUGGCCGCAUCUUUCCCAAACUCAACUGGAGCGCUCCUCGGGAUGCUAACUGGAUUGCUCUGAACAGUUCCCUUCAGUGUGACAGCCUCAGUGAUAUAUUUCUGCUCUUCAAAAGUUCGGACUUCAUCACCCACGACCUCACACAGCCAUUCCGUCAGUGUAGUGACCAGGAUUCCCCAGAUCCUGUCAUCAACUAUGAGCUGGUCCUGAGAAAGUGGAGCGAGCUGAUUCCCGGUGGAGAGUUCCGCUGCUUCGUCAAAGAAAACAAACUGAUCGCCAUCUGCCAGAGAGACUACACUCAGUAUUACCAGCACGUCUUCAAGCAGGAAGAGCAGACCUGUCAGGCCAUACAGGAGUUCUUCAGCCAGCACAUUCAGUACAACUUCCUGGACGAAGAUUUUGUGUUUGACAUCUACAGAGACAGUCAGGGAAGGGUGUGGCUGAUCGACCUGAACCCGUUCGGAGAGGUGACCGACUCGCUGUUGUUCAGCUGGGAGGAGCUGACGUCUGGAGAAGUCGCCAACCAGCAGGAGGGCCCGGCGUUCCGCCACACCACCAGUGAGGUGACGGUGCAGCCCAGUCCCUGUCUGAGCUACAGGAUCCCGCGGGACUUUUUGGAACUCUCCACCGGAGAAGACGCUUACAAGCUCAUCGACUUCCUCAAACUGAAGAAAAGCCAGCAGGAAGAGUUGGAGGUGGAAGAGGAGGAGAAUGCUCCUCAGUGACACGGUUCCCCUGAAACCUGACAACAGUCCUCCAUGUAAUGAUUUUUGCAUGAAGUAACUCUUUACCCUCUGUCCUGUUUGAGCUCAUUAUUAUUUUUCUUUAUAUUUCUGCCCGUUUUCCCUCACGCACUCCUGGUAAUGGUACGUGCUGUACACGGGGUUUCUGUAAUGGCUCUCUCGCGUCAGUUGAAUGGAACAUGUGAAAUGAACGGAUUGCGCUAGCGGCUCUGAGGAAUCCUUUUCUGUCAACGUGCUCCCUGCCUCUGACACUUCUAAUGGCUGUCUUGCCAGUCGUAAUGUGAGACGAGCAGAGGGAGGCCUCAGCAGUGUCAAAUUGUCUGUUAUUCCAUUUCUGGGGGAAACUUUUAGGGGGGGAAGUAUUCACUAACGCUGUAAAGAAUAACUGAUUUUAUUCAUCAAGAUAAGUGUGUAUAUAAGUUAAUGUAUAUCCAUUAUGGAACAAAAAGUGUGUCUGGGUUGAAAAUGAACUAGUCAUCGACACACAUUUCUUUGUACCUGAGUUUGUGUCUAAUGAGGCUGCAGUGGAUUUUUUUAUUCAACACUAAAACCGUUCAUCACUUAGUCACUUUUAAUUUUUCUUCCCUGCCCCUCAAUCUCUCCUCCCUGCCAGAUUUCCCCUGAGCAGUUUUGACACACCCCUGUUUUCCAUCAUACAUCACCGCCGACUGUUGCUCCAAAAAACACCAUUAAAUUUCUUGUCAUGUA